AUGCAUUCCCGGAACAAGCCACGCUGGCGCCGCGUACAGUGUUACUUUACCAGCCAGACUGGCUCGCAUGCCAGGGAUCUGCAUGAAUCCUUGUUCACUGAGGUGAUUUCGGCGAUCCAACCUGCCAUCGUUGCACUGAAGGUCACCUUCGUUGUGAGCUUCGAAGAUGAGCAAGCAGCGGUGGCUAUGGGAACAGGCUUUGUGGUCGACAAGCAGCGGGGCUUGAUCCUGACAAACAGGCACAUCACUGGUGUCGGGCCGGUGAGGGCAAUCGCCAUCUUUGAUCGUCACGAGGAGCUGGAUGCUGAGGUGGUGUACCGUGAUCCGGUGCAUGACUUUGGCUUCUUUCGCUACGAUCCUACAAAGCUGCGCUUCACGGAGCCUGCUGAGAUUGGUCUUUCUCCGGACGACCUUCGGGUUGGAACCGAGGUGCGCGUGGUGGGGAACGAUGCUGGUGAGAAGCUUCAGAUCCUCUCGGGGACCAUUGCGCGCGUGGACAGAAAUGUCCCGGAGUUCAACACGGUUUACAACGACGAGAACACCUUCUAUGCAGGCGCCGGGGCGGGGACGUCGGGCGGCUCCAGUGGGUCACCUGUGUUGAACAAGGAGGGGAAUGCUAUUGCGCUGAACGCGGCGGGCACCGAAGGUGCAGCGAGCGCGUUUUUCUUGCCCCUCAGCCGGGUGUGCCUCGCCUUGAGGCGGCUACAAGAUGGUUUGCCAGUUAUGCGUGGCACUUGCCAGGCCGCCUUCCUUUUCAAAGCUUUUGACGAGCUGAGAAGAAUAGGACUUCUGGAAGAGCACGAGCGAGCGAUACGCCGGCAAGCUGGUGAUGCCACUGGAAUGCUCGUUGUGGAUUCCGUGCUCUGUGAGCAAAGGCAGCUGCGACCAGGCGACAUUUUGCUGCGGCUGGAGAACAGGCAUUGUAUUGAUUUUGUCCAGCUGGAAGAAAUCCUGGAUAACAAGGUUGGGUGCGCCGUGGAAGUGCUUGUGUGUAGAGGUGGAAAGGAGAUAGCGAUGUCCAUCGAUGUGCACGACCUGCACUCAUUAAUUCCCAGAACUUACGUGGAGCUUGGCCUGGAUGUGGUCCACGGCCUUGGUUACCAUGCAGCACGGCGUGCGCACCUGCCGCUGGACAGCGGGAUUUACCUGGCUCGUCCAGGAUACGUUUUCGAAUCCUUGGGAUGCGAUUGGGGCUCCCUCAUCACUUCUGUAAAUGGAAAGCCCACGCCGUCCCCAGAAGCGUUUGUCAAAGCCAUCGAGCACAUCCCGGACAAACAGUAUUUCCCGGUGCAUUGGUAUGAUCUACGAGACUUUCGCAGAGACCGCGCAUUGAAGACGGGCUUCGCCAAAAUGUCCCGCGCCUGGUCACCCCUGAAAUUGUGGCAAUGCGCAUCUCCAGCGUCAUCGGCGAGCCCCGAGCAGUGGACCUCCCAGGAGCUGCCUGUGCCCUCCCUGCCACUACGGCGGCCUGAGCCCCCCGGCCGCGCUGCGAUCCUGACGGGCGGGGACCGCCUGGUGCGGGCACUGCAGACCUCGCUGGUCACUGUUAGAUUCCGCACAGACCAGCGUUUCUGCACGGAGGCACUUGAGUGUGCUUCCGCCGAGGGUGUGGGCUUGCUCGUGGAUGCAAAACAGGGCAUUGUCCUGACAGACCGGCACAGUGCACCCCAGUCCUUGGGUGCGAUUGAGGUCACCCUCGCCGGCUGUGUCACGGUAGACGCCGAGGUGUUCUUCAUUCACCCGCAGCACAACAUCGCCUUGCUUCGCUGUGACCCAAUAGCGGUUGCAAGUCUCAUCAAAGGAAAGCUGCCGUUGAAGUCCGCAAGGUUUGCCAAAGGAAAGAAGGCCAGUUUGCGCGCUGGCGAGAACGUCCACUUUGUUGGCUUCGACAGCCAGGUGCACUAUGCGACCAGUGGAACUGAGAUUGCGAGCUUGGAGCUUGAGCCGACUCAAACCGCACAGGAUAUCCAGCAGGAGGUCUUCAGGAUUACUGGAGCCCCCGUGUACAGACAACGCCUUCUUUGCGAAAGCGAGGUCUUAGACCCGAAGCGGCGACUGCAGGAUCUGGGUUUUGCGAAAGAGGUGAACCUGAACCUCAUCGUCCAAGAUGUGUCACUAGUUGCGACGGUUUCCGUAGAUGGUGGCGUGAAGAUCUGGAACGCUGAGACUGGGGACUGCACCCAAACCCUUGGUGGUGACCAAUCGGGCGUCAGGCAUGCUGCUUUUUCGGCAGAUGGGUGUACUCUCUUGACAGCAUCGAGGGAUUGCAAUGCACGCAUCUGGAAUAUUCUCACCGGAGAGUGUGUGGAGAUUCUCAAAGGGCACACCAAUGCGGUGUACACGGCCAUUUUCUCCGACGACGGUUUUUUUGUGCUGACUGCCUCAUACGACUGCACAGCUCGUCUCUACAGCGUCCUCACCGGGGAAUGCCUGAAGGUGUUUACAGGUCAUGGUGAUGGAGUGGUGACAGCAAUUUUUUCCAGAGACCGCCAGAGCGUCCUCACCGCCUCGGUUGACCGAACUGCGAAGGUUUGGGACAUCGAGACAGCCGAGUGCAUGAAAAGCCUGCAGCGGCCACGAGGUGAGGUGGUCGUGUCAGUCUUCAGCACCGAUCAGCGGAACUUGGCGCUGUCGACGCUGCAAGACGGCACUGCCAAGUGCUGGAACCUUUCCACCGAUGAGUGCAUGUUCAGCUUGAAGGGCCAUCGCACCUACAUCACCUCAGCAGUCUUGUCCCGAGAUGGCUUGACGCUGCUGACGGGGUCGUGGGAUCGAACUGCCAAACUAUGGAACCUCCAAGCUUCCAAGAAGAAAUGUAUUCGUACGUUUACUGGGCAUGGCAACGGAGUAGUGUCCGCAGAAUUCUCUGCAGACAAGUCGCAGAUCAUCACGGCGGCCUCCGAUGGCACGGCUCGAAUAUGGGUUGCUAGUGCUGGAGACUGCCUUCGCACGCUCAAAGGGCAUGGUGCCGUCGUGAACCAUGCAGUCUUCGCACCCAAGUAG